UUAACAAGGCUUCUCCUCCCCUGUAGGGUGGCUGUACCUUGAUGGGAGCGGAGCCGGGCUGCAAAGGGGAGGAAGUCUGCAGAUUACACACAUGAUGGACUGGAACGACUCACAUGCUCUGCUCUCCGGGGAGCAGCUCAUCUUUGCCAUCACCAUACCGCUGUCGACCUCCAUCAUCUUGGCCAACCUGGUCAUCAUCUUGGGCAUCGCCCGGAACCGCCAGCUCCACAACACAACCAACUACUUCUUCCUCAGCCUGUUAGUGGCAGAUCUGUGCACCGGCGUGGCGCUGCCUUUCAUCCCGUUAAUGGGCCUGAACCGGGCGUUGAGUUCCAGUUCCUGCCUGGUGGCUCACGUUUUCCCGAACUUCCUCUUCCUGGCGUUCCUUUUCAACCUGGUGAUGGUCCACUAUGAGCGCUACAUUUGCAUCGUCGACCCCCUGUGUUACAAGAACCUGUGGAUGCAUCGCAGCUUUCCUCUGGCGUUGCUCGUGGUUUGGGCUCCACCACUUCUGUACGCAUCCCUACCUGCUCUUGGUUGGAAUAACUGGACAGGGCCAGAUUGGAACGGAUGUUGUGCGAGUAGCCCGAACAUAACGCUUCUUCCAAACUGUUCGACUAACAAAACCAUGUGCUGCUCGUACAGGCGAGUGUUCCCCAACGCUUUCAUCUACUUGGAGGUGUACGGGCUCGUCUUACCUGCUAUUCUCACCAUCGCUGGCAUGGUCGGCCACGUUUUAUGGAUCACCCGAGGCCAGCUGAAAGACAUUUGUCGCCUUCACCGUUCAGUGGAAAGGGGAAGUCAGGCCUCGGAACGAGAGCAGAGGCUGAACAUGCGGUACACUCGCUGCCUGGUGGCGGUGUCGCUGACCUUUCUCGCAUGCUGGGUGCCCUACCUCAUUUACAUGCACGCCUGCAUAGCGUUCUUGAUCAGCGACACCAAGAGGAGCUCCACUACUCAAAUUGUGCUGUCAUGCACUGGCAUUGGAAGCAUGGCGGUGGUGCCGCUGGUGCUCGGCCUGGCUAACAGGCAGUAUACGGAACCGGCGUUCAAACUUCUCCAGAAACUCCGAGACAGGUGGAGGCGAAGGACGCGGGGAUCAGAGGAGGUGGCAGUCUGAGAACGACACUGACGAAAGUUUAUGAAGGUUAAUCUGGAAGAAAUUGCGCUGCUCAGUUUGAUGGCCACAGUGUGAGCAUCAAGGCCAUUGCAUUGAUGCUUUC